ACUGCUUCAUCUUCUUCGAGUGCUUGAUUGCUUCAUCUUCUUCGAGUGGCUGCCGGAAAGACGACUGGAAGUGGAAGCUGGGACAAAUCUGGGGGGCAAAUCCGGCCUCCCAUCGCCGAUAGGGAGGGGAGAACAAUGGGGGAUUUCAUCACCUCAACUCACCGCGCCAAGUGGAUUUUCUCUCCACAAGAUCUUAAGGAAAAACACAAGGCCGCCAAUCAGAGGGCUAAACAGGCAUUGGAGAAGUAUGGAACAACCCGAAUGGAAGUAGAUGUUGAUGGAUCUUUUUCAUACGCGGAACCUCUGACCGAUGCUAAAUUUACUGGUGAGAAGCGUCCAAAAGCUCUAAAAGUUGAGGAAGAGCAACUUCUGAGAGCCUUUUAUGAGUCUAAAAUUCAAGACGUAUGUGAUGCCUUUAAAUUCCCAUGCAAAAUUCAGGCUACAGCUCUCAUUUACUUUAAAAGAUUUUAUCUGCAAUGGUCUGUCAUGGAACAUCACCCAAAAAACAUCAUGUUAACCUGCAUAUACACUGCAUGCAAAGCUGAAGAGAAUCAUGUUUCAGCGGAGGAGCUCGGUAAGGGGAUUGAACAGGAUCAUCAUGUUAUCCUCAAUAAUGAAAUGCUUGUUCUUCAGAGCUUAGAUUUUGAUCUCAUUGUUUUUGCUCCAUAUCGGGCAGUUGAAGGUUUUUUGAAUGAUAUAGAGGAGUUUUGUGGAACUAAAGAUCAACAUAUCAAUUCAUUAAAGAAUUUAUUUGAAAGCGCAAAAAAGGAAGCUGACAAGAUUAUGCUUACGGAUGCAACCCUUUUAUUUCCACCAGGGCAGUUGGCACUGGCAGCUCUGCGUAGAGCCAACGGAAUUCCUGGGGUUCUUGAUUUUGACAGAUACCUGGAAAGAAUUCUAGCACACCAACAAGCCAGUAAUGCCAUCUUGGACCUAAGUGGCCCUUUAAAUGCGAUUGAUUCUAUGAUAAAUAAACUUGUGUUCCCAUCUCCCAAAGACGUGAAGCACAUUGACCGGAAAUUAAAAGCAUGCCUGGAUCCUGGUUUGCACGACAAAAGUAAGAAGAGGAAGCACAGAUCCAAUGAAAGUUCAAACGAUGUGCCCAACUUGGCUUGAGUUCUAACAAAUGCAGUACUCUCAGGUGGAACUAUUCAGUUUUUGCCACUUUGUCCCAAGAUUCAUGCUGGCUGUACAGGACUUGCAAAAUUGGAUGCUGUUUUCUGUUUUCUUUCGUUUAUACGGAGUAAUUUUCAUUAAGGGUGGAGAGAAAAAGAACAGAUAUUUUUGUUUGUUUCAAUCUCAAUUUGGUGCAAUCCAUAACACUUUUACUUGUUGUAGAGCUUAAUUAAGUGUUGAAUCACUUGUAUCCAACCAAGAUUGGUUAUGAGCAACAUAGUUGUAGUUGAACUGCAUUUCAUGGAAGUAACUUUUUUAGUUUAAGGAUAUAUGACUCAAAUAGUGGGUCCAUCUAUGAAUAUUUGUCUAGUUUGAUUUUUUUAAUUAAAUUGAAUACAUUUUA